ACUUUUUCCCAGUGCAGGAUAGUUUAGUGACAUGUGGAGGUCGUUUGGUGUUUUAUCGAGCGAUUUUUCGUCCUUUUUUCGCUCUCGUUCAUCAAUAUUGAACAGAUUUUCGUCAUCUUAUGGUAUAAUGAGUAAUACUGAGGUCAAUCACGAUAUACAGGAAGGUUAUUUCUUUAUUGAUUUGGGAAAAGAUAAAGCAGUUCUUGAAUAUGAAAAAGAAGGCAAAAACACAUUGAAUAUGUGGCAUACAGAAGUACCUGUCAGUCACAGAGGACAAGGACUUGCGGCACAUCUAGCAAAGGCUGCAUUGGAUCAUGCCGUAGAGAACAAUCUACGAGUAAAGCCAACAUGUAGUUAUAUACAGAAAUACCUUAAAGAUAACCCACUUCCGCAGUACACUGAGAGAGUUUUACCAGCCGAACAGUGAACUCUUCCGUAGAGGAUGAUAUAACUUACCUUAAUUUCACUUGGUCAGCUGAUUGUAAUCUCUGCAACAAUUCACCUUUUUAAUUUUUAACUUGUUUCCAAGAGACUUUUUUUUCUUUGGUCAUCCCUUGUCAGGCACCAAUCAAUGUAAUAUAAUAAUAAUAAUAAAGAGUAUUUUACAUAGCGUCAA